UGUCGUUUCACUGUGCCAACAUCAAGCUAAGUUGAGCUGAAUAUCUUAUACUUGUUGCAAUUGUACCACAUCACACACUUCAGGCCAUUAAUCAUUUCUCUUUUGAAAAAUAGAACCCUGCAGUAUUUUGAAUAUACUCUUAUUGAAUAUAAUUCUUGUUUUGCUCGGCAUAUUUAUGAUUUGGUAGGAUUUAUGAGUUGUUAACCUCUCUUUUCUAGUAGUGGAUGGUUUAAAUUCUGAACCUUGUUUUGCUUAUGAAUUUUGUCUCAUGAUCUCAUCUUCCUCUGUUUUUAUUCACUUCUCAUUGAUGCUGUUUAUGUGUAGUUGAUGCUCUACCUCCACCACCACCUUCUCCUCCACGUCCUCCUCUUAGGGCCCUGGCAGAAAAUGUUACAGCUUUGCUUCCUUUGGAAGAACAAAGGAGUAAACUUCAGUUGGAUAUAAUGGAGCUAGAGAAACGAGCUGAAGACAUUUUCAAUGCAUUCACUAAUCAGAUCAGCUUUGUUCUAUUGUUCACUGGAGGGGGGCUAAUUUUCAACCCGAAGCUUCCUUGUACAGCUAUUGCUACAUUCACAACACUGACACUUAUUUCUUUCAUUGUGGCGUUCCUUAUGGCCUAUAAGGUAUUAAGGAUUAAAUUUAAACGAAUGCAACCUGCUAUGGAUACUCUGGAUGGAAGGAAGAAUGAGCUCGCAGAUAGAGCAAACGUCAUUUGGACAUCAGAGAAUGCUCGGCAAAAUGCACAAGGGCAAGGUGAACAGGGGGAACCUAACAAUGAUCUCUUACACCCUCAAGAAUUGGCAGAUUCGGUGAAAAAUCGGGCGAAAGUAAUAGUAGAUUCUGCCGGUAUAACUGAGUUGAAAAAGUAUAACUGCCAGUUGAUAUGGGCUAUCUUAACAUGUUUGGUAGUUCACGGGUCUGCGAUCUAUUUCACUGCCUACUACUCAUAUGGCUAUGCUAAGGAAGGGUGUAAAGAUCCUAUGGUUGCUGUUCAGGCUAUAUAGAAUGUGGAUGGAAGGAGGCUGACGUUUGAACUUGAACAAGUGGCUUAGGCGACUGUGUAGCUAGCUAGUUUUAAACUCUACUACUUAUUACUUUCAAGACUGUACGCUAAUGUUUAUUAAGCUGUCUGUUUGGCAUAUAUUAUACAUAUGUCAAGAUACCUUGGAUA